UAACUACGUCACACCAAACAUGGCGGCGCUCAUAGAAAGCUGCCGCUAUUUUCUUCGCUGGGGUUAUGGAGUAAAUCUUAUUCUAAAACCUAUGAAAUUACGAGGUGUCGUUGUAAAUGAUAGUAGAAACACUUUACAGUCAUGUGCUACUUAUGGGACUAGAGGGACGAACACCGCAGAGGAAACCCAAGUACACAUUCCAAUUGACCGUCUGACAGUAUCAUACAGCAGAAGCAGUGGUCCUGGUGGUCAACAUGUUAAUAAAGUAAGUACAAAAGCUGAGGUCCGCUUCCAUGUACAAACAGCUGACUGGAUUCCUGAGGACGUACGACAGAAGAUCCUUGAAAAGAACAAAAACCGCAUCAAUAAGGCUGGGGAGCUGCUGGUCACCUCAGAGCUGAGCAGGAAUCAGCAAAGAAACCUUUCUGACUGUAUACAGAAGAUCUCCACCAUCAUUGUCGACGCCAGUGAGAAGCCAUAUGAACCUACAGCAGAAGAAAUAGCCCUUAGAGCUGCUAGGCUAGAGAAGAGGAAUAAGGAGCGGCUCAAACAGAAGAAAAUCCAUUCAGCGAUCAAGCAGAGCAGACGUGAUUUUGAUUAAUGUUGUUCAUGAUUAUUUUGCCAUUAAAUUUAUUUAUAACAGUAAUAAUGUCAUGUAUUUAUUUUUAAACAGUCGAUAGGUAUUUC